UGCAUGUAAGAUAACACUUUCCUGUAAUAAAACAAAAAAAAACUUAGUAAGGUAACUAAUAAAGUUGAGUUAAUAACAUAAGAUCAAUAUAAUAUCCGUAUUUAGCCGUUAACCGAGAGUGAGAUGUGACAUGCACGCGCCACCAAGCUAGUAUAUUUACUCUGUUCUCGAAAAACAAACUCCAAACCAAAAUAAAAAGCUUCUCUCUCUCUCUUCUCUCUCUUUUCUUUAGAUCUAUGGCUUCUGCUUGCGUCAACAAUGUUAGUGUCUCCGCUUACGGAUGUUUCAACCCUCGAGCUUCUUCCUCCUUCAGCCGUGAAGACGCUCGGAGCUCUGGAUCCUCCUCGUCGGAGAUAAAGAAGCUGAUUCCUUCCAAGACAGAGGAAGAGUUCGAGUUCAGACACGAGAUUCCUGUCGGAAUGCUACCCGCCGACGAGCUUUUCUCCGAUGGUAAACUCAUGACGAAGGUGACUGCGGCGGUGGAAGUAGAGACGGAGGUCACCGGAGAAGAUGGUUGCUUGGUUUCUUCUCCCAAGGCGCCACGGUGUUCGAGUAAAAAAUGGAGAGAGCUCUUAGGACUAAAACGGUUCUCUCAAACGGCGUCGUUUAAACAGUUUUUAAACCGGGGAUCCAAAACGACGUCGUCUUCUGAUGCUGGUUCAUUAAUAAAUCUUCCUCUCCUCUCAGACAGCGAAUCUCUCUCCCUCUCCUCUUCACGUAUGUCUUUAUCAUCUUCCUCCUCUUCAAGCCACGACCACGAGGACACCACACCGAGGCUAUCACUCGACGCGGAGAGACUCAACCACCUCGCUAACCAUCAUAACAUCACGGCGAACCCGUUCGCUCCCGCUCGGCCGAGAAUGAGGUUAGUGAAGAAGCCUAGUGAUCGAGAAGAAGUCUCUGUAGACAGUCCGAGACUAAACUCUUCGGGGAAGAUUGUGUAUCAGAGCCUUGAAAGAAGCUCGAGCAGUCCCAGUGGGACGAGUGGAGGAGGGUAUAGAAACAGAGGAGUGGAGAGAUCUUACAGUGCAAACGUGAGAGUGGCUCCUGUUCUAAAUGUUCCUGUUUGUUCAGUUAGAGGUGGUUCUGUAAUAUUCAGCCAGUUUUUCUCUGGAGCUUCGUCUCAACACAAUAGAACAGUGAAUGGCUCUAACCACAGAGCGUCGACACAUCACGGUGGUAUUAGUAGAGGACGUAACUCCACAGAUCGAGUAGGUAGCUAGUAUUAGUUGUUAGUUCAUGUGUCUUUGGUGUGUAGUAGAUAAAGAAUCUACACAUUUGUCUUAGUACUUCUGUGUAGUUUGUUUGGGGGGUUUGAGAGUUAAGAGAGAGUGAGGUUAACGCGUUGAGCUAAAGUAAUUGAAUGCGCGUGGGGUCAUGAGGAAAAUAGAUGCUCGUUGUGUGUGAGUGUGUGUAUCUACGCUCUCCCCACGUUGAAGCUUACUUAAGCUGUCUCUUUCAUCUGCCAUUUGUCGGUUUCUGAGUUUGGGAAAUGAUGCAGUUUUUUUUUUUUUUCAGAGACUUUUUUAUCACAUUUUUAUGUGGUUUAUUUAUUGUUUAAUUAAAGAAGGUUCGCUUUAAGCAGUAAUGGUUUGUAUCUAUUGGUAACUGGUUUGAUAUUUGGAA